GGCCCCUGUGUCUAGGGUUCAGCGACCCGCCCGUCCGCCUCAGGAGACCCCGGUGAGCUGCAGAGCGGCCGGCAGGAGCCGUCAGUCACCCCGAUCUUGAGGCCCGGAAGCCAUGAGCUGCGUCCUGAGCAGCGCCCUCGGGCUGGGGCUGGCCCUGCUGGUCUGUGCCGCCCAGGGCUUCUUCCUGCCCAACGCCACUCGCCUGGAGAAGCUGCUCAGCCGCUACCGGCAGGACGAGCCCCACGCCAGGGUGCGGAGGGCCAUCCCCAGGUCGGACCGGGAGGAGAUCAUCAUGCUGCACAACAAGCUGAGGGGCCAGGUGUACCCCCCGGCCUCCAACAUGGAGCACAUGACUUGGGAUGAAGAGCUGGAGAAGUCCGCAGCCGCCUGGGCCCAAGAGUGCCUCUGGGAACACGGGCCCACCAGCCUGCUGGUGUCCCUCGGGCAGAACCUGGCCGUCCACUGGGGCAGGUAUCGCUCCCCGGGGUUCCACGUGCAGUCUUGGUACGAUGAAGUGAAGGACUACACCUACCCCUACCCCCACGAGUGCAACCCCUGGUGUCCGGAGAGGUGCUCUGGGGCCAUGUGCACCCACUACACGCAGAUAGUUUGGGCCACCACCACCAAGGUUGGCUGUGCUGUCAACACCUGCCGGAGGAUGAACGUCUGGGGAGAUGUUUGGGAGAACGCUGUCUACCUCGUCUGCAACUACUCUCCAAAGGGGAACUGGAUUGGAGAAGCCCCCUACAAAACCGGCCGGCCCUGCUCUGAGUGCCCGCCCAGCUACGGAGGCGGCUGCAAGAACAACUUAUGCUACCGAGAGACUUACAACCAAAAACCUGAAACCGAUGAGAUGAAUGAGGUGGAGGCGGCACCCAGCCCCGAGGAGAAAGUGGUCACGGGGCAGCCGAGGGUGAGCAGACCCUCGCAGCCCAAGAAAGCCCCGGCCGUGAGCUACAUGACCCAAGCUGUCAUGUGUGACACCAAGAUGAAGGACAAGUGUGUGGGCUCCACGUGCAACAGGUACCAGUGUCCAGCAGGCUGUCUGAAGAGCAAGGCCAGGGUUUUUGGAACCCUCUUCUAUGAAAGCGCCUCCAGCAUCUGCCGAGCUGCCAUUCACUACGGGAUCCUGGAUGACAAAGGGGGCCUGGUGGACAUCACCCGGAACGGGAAGGUCCCCUUCUUUGUUAAGUCCGAGAGAAAUGGCGUGCAUUCUUUGAGCAAAUACAAGUCUUCCAGUUCAUUCACGGUGUCCAAAGUAAAAGAGCAGGACCUGGACUGCUACACCACGGUCGCUCAGCUCUGUCCAUUUGAGAAGACGGGGACACACUGCCCGAGAGUUCGUUGUCCAGCGCUCUGCAAAGAUGAGCCAUCCCACUGGGCUCCUCUGUUUGGAACCAAUAUCUACGCAGACAGUUCUAGCAUCUGUAAGGCUGCCGUGCAUGCGGGUGUCAUCAGCAAUGAGAGCGGAGGGUACGCAGAUGUGAUGCCAGUGGAUAAGAAGAAGACCUACGUGGGCUCUCUCAGGAAUGGGGUUCAGUCUGAAAGCUUGAGGACCCCUCACGACGGGAAGGCCUUCCGGAUCUUUGCGGUCAGACAGUGAAUCCUGGUGUCGGGGAGCAGGGGCUUGUUCCAGAGGGCUUCGGGGUCUCGCUUUUUGUUUGUAUCUUGUCACUUGGGAGCGGGCUGGGGACGUGGAGAGCCGCUUCCUUGAAGCACUCAGUGUCAGUUCCUUUGGCCUUUGUCUCACGCGCUGCACUGCAGGAAACAGCCUCCUCCAGGGCCUGGCUGGACACCUGAGGACCAGUCCCGUGGGGCCUGGGGUCGCCCCUGCUGCCGCUGCUGCUCAGGCAGCCACGUGUUCUUUUAUGGGUGCAGGGAUGGCCACAGGCCCGCAGAGACUGAGAACGGGAACUCAUGUCUAGGCACUCGGGCGUGGGGGGCAGAGGGUGCAUAGCGAGCACACUUGGGGGUGGGGGGCUCCAGAAGGGGGCUGAGGUUGCUAUUUAAACAAUUAGAAACCCCCCCAUCUAUCCCAUACCACGGUGAUGGGGGGGCGGGAAACAGGCUUAAUGUUUGCUGGUCAGACAAAUGGGCCGAACUAGGGGGCUGGUGAGGGGGAACCUCAAGGACCCGUCCUUGCUGGCAUCCUGCCCCGUGCAGGCUGGUCACCUCCACAGCAGUGCUGCCUGGUUAGAGUUCAGCAGUCACUCCAGAGACUUCUGUCAUCUUCGUCCACGUGGCCCAGCUGUGUUGGCCUUUGGUCUUCUUGACGACUGACGGGCCAGGACUCUUUCUUGCUCCCCACCGGGCGGCUCCUUGCCGGCCCCGGACACCUUGACUGUCCUGUCUCACACAGGGUCUCUGCUUGGCAAGUGUUUCUGUUUGAAGCCCACUUUAAAACAAAACAAAACAAAACAAAAAACCAAACUCCUGCUGUCUAUUGGUUCCACUGGGAUGUCCAAGAACAGCCCUAGCAGGGCUGCUCAGAGGCUGCCUUUGGGUGGCAUCUCCCCAGCCUUCCCGCCGCCCCCCGCUUUCUUGCAGGGGCGGGAUGGGCUCCUGGCACGUUCCUCGCAGAGGCUGGUGCUCGGGGAGAGAACAGUCUGCGGUCACGCAGCUGCAGUCGGGGAGCCGCGAGGAGGCUUCUCUUUCUGUUCCUCACCGCCGUCCUCCCGGCUCCGUGUGAGGAGCGCUCGCCCUCUGUGGCCGUCACUCCGUGAGCACCCACAGCAGAAGCCCGCGGUGAAGCGGAAGCCCCUGUGGUAAAUGGCCUCUCUGCCGCAGGGGCUGUGCCAGCCUCCACCUCCAGGCCAGUCCGUCUGUCCGCUUUGUGCACGCCACUUUCAAAUAGGAUCUCUCUCUCUCUCUCUCUCUCUCCCUCAAAAUGCUCUGGGGGCGGAGGCAAUAGCAGAAAGUUUUGAAAACCAAGAAGGUCUGGACAAGAGCCCCUAGACUUGAGUGGUGCGGCUGGGCGCAUCCAUGAUCAAUGCCGAAACUGCGGGCCAGUAGCUCCCCUCCACGGGCCCUUUAGGGACUCGGUAAAAGCCACGAAACUCUUAGUUUACAAGCUGAGAUUAGCAGGACCGAGGCCUUGCGGGCUCGGGGUGAUUCUGAGUGGCCGGCUGUGCAAGCCCAGGAGUCCGAGCAGAAGAAUGAGCUCAGCCUGGCCCGUCCUGUGUCUCCUUGCUGAAGUCUCGAGGGCUGAAGACUGUCCACGAGGAGCUGUUGGCACCGGGCCACCUGCUUCACCCUCUCGUUGCCAGGCCUCUGCCACAGCCGCAAGGUUUAGAAUGAGUGACCGCCCCGGGCUGCUUCGGGCUUUUGCUGACCUCAAGGAGGAUCUGAAACUUCAGCAAGAGUCUGCCCCUGGGUGUUACAGUCAGGCCCCCGGUGCCUGGAGCCGUGCCAAUCUGCCCCAGUUACCAGACGGAGCCUUCACCCAAUGCCACAUCUCCGUGCUUUCUCAUCCUCACAAACAUCUGGAAACCGGGGACCACUUUUCUUCUGAGAACGGGAACAAGACCACAAACUGUGAGCCCUGAUCUCCAGGAGCACCUCCAGUUUUGUGUACGCAAUAGGUCCUCAGCCACCGUCCGGCGAGCAGAGAGACGGGCCGGCAGGGUGUGUGCGCCCUGCCCACAGGCAAGGUUUCGGGUUCCCUCACACUUCCGCCCUCGUGUGUUCCGAUGUUUCAUAUUGUCUGUAGGCUCACGCAGCCCGCAGCUUACAUGUGUGCUUUUUUCUAUGAAAAAUGAAAAUUUUACUACUUGCUACGGACGAAGGUUUAUUGUCAAUUGUUUGUGUGCUUUGCAUGAACAGGGACCACGUUGCUGUUACUUCAAUAAACUGGUUUGAUUUCUUAAACAUUCCUGGGACUUUGAUUUUUAUGCACACACAUCUGCAGCGCCUCUGGAGUCGUGGCUGGGCGUGGGUCCAGAGCCUCUCGGAGGCCUUGCCCCGCAACCCCCACCUCUCGGGGUGGCGGCCUGGGGGUGCCCCGCUGCAGAUUCUGUCCCGUUGCCCUGGGGCUCAAAAACCGAAAUUCACUUUUCUGUCUGUUCUGGAGGCCGGCCCAACCCACUGAGUUGGCACCCCUGGGUGUGA